AUGCAUGAACCUACGAUCCAAAUCAUCACUCGCCCACCAGAGCCGCUGGAUGCUGAGCCCAAACCUGAACCACAAGUCAUCUGGCGCGAUGAAAACGGAAAGAUUUACUUUCGCAACAACCCAACUCUUCCUAUCCUGCGAUACCCCAACAGUAAGGCGGUAGAGAAGCCCGAUGACGCCCCAGACAAAUGCAAAAGUUGCACUCGCGAGUGUCUCGUGGCUAUCCCAAACGAAGAGAUUGAGAAGGAAAUCCGUGAACUUGAACUUGACGUCGAGAAAGACUUUGAAGUUCCUGAAGCCAAGAAGCCUGAGCCUAAUAUCGACAUCGAAAUGGCCAAACUAGCCAACAAAAAGGCCAAGAAAGCCAACAAGAAGAAGAAUAACAAGACGAAAGAGUCCAAAGAAGAUCUCUUAAAGGAAAAGGCCGAACUCACAAAGGAGAAAGUCGGACUCACCAAGGAGAGGGCCGCCCUAGUAAAAGCCCUCAAAGUCAAGAAAGCAGAAAAGAUCAGAGCCGAAACGCCUGCCAAAACUACAGCGAAGACCAUCGCAGAGAUGAAGAAACUCUCCGAGUUCAUCAGCGUCAGAAUUAAACGGUACAAUAGACACGACGCACCCUUGUCUGAGAAGAUGACAGAGGAGGACCUUAAGUAUACCAUCGAGAAAAUGUACAAGCACCUCCCAAACUCAUUCGUCGACUGGGAAUAUGAAGAGGACGUAGACGUGUGUCGUAUUCUAGACUUGCCUUGCUACGGCAAAAGUUUUGGUAAGGAUAUUGAGGAUCAUCUGUAUGGAAAGGAGCAUUUGGCCUAUGAUCGAUCGAUGAAGGGGAGGGUUCCGCUUUGUGUCCAGCACAACAGAGUGAAGCGGGAGAUUGAGAACGGUCUUUCAUACCAGGAAGGCCUGUUGGCGGAACUUUCCGUUGACCCUUAUAGUUAUUAG